AUGGGCCCGGGUCCCCUCCGGGCCGCCCGCGCCCCGCGCGCCCUGCUCUGCGCCCUCGUCGUGCUGAUGGUGGACACCUCCGCCUUCAACCUGGACACCCGGUUCCUGGUGGUGAAGGAGGCCGGGAACCCCGGCAGCCUCUUUGGCUACUCGGUCGCCCUCCACCGGCAGACGGAGCGGCAGCAGCGCUACCUGCUCCUAGCCGGCGCCCCCCGGGACCUGGCUGUGCCCGAUGGCUACACCAACCGUACCGGAGCUGUGUACUUGUGCCCUCUCACGGCACAAAAGGACGACUGUGAGCGAAUGGACAUCACAGAGAAAAGUGACCCAAGUCACCACAUUAUUGAAGACAUGUGGCUGGGAGUGACCGUGGCCAGCCAGGGUCCUGCAGGCAGAGUCCUGGUCUGUGCCCACCGCUACACCAAGGUGCUGUGGUCAGGGGAGGAGGACCAGCGGCGCAUGGUGGGCAAGUGCUACGUGCGGGGCAAUGACCUGCAGCUGGACUCCCACGACGAGUGGCAGACCUACCACAACGAGAUGUGCGACAGCAACAACAACUACCUGCAGACGGGCAUGUGCCAGCUGGGAGUCAGCGGUGGCUUCACCCACAACACCGUGUACUUCGGCGCCCCCGGGGCCUACAACUGGAAAGGAAACAGCUACAUGAUUCAGCGGAAGGACUGGGAUUAUUUUGAAUAUAGUUACAAGGACCCGGAGAAAGAAGGAAACCGCUAUAUCGGGUACUCCACACAGGUGGGCAGCGCCAUCCUGCACCCCAAGGACAUCACUAUCGUGACAGGUGCCCCGCGGCACCGCCACGUGGGCGCUGUCCUCUUGCUGAGCCAGGAGGCGGGCGGAGACCUGCAGAGGAGGCAGAUCCUGGAGGGCACGCAGGUGGGCGCCUAUUUUGGCAGCGCCCUUGCCCUGGCUGACCUGAACAAUGAUGGAUGGCAAGACCUUCUGGUGGGUGCCCCCUACUACUUCGAGAGGAAGGAGGAAGUGGGGGGUGCCGUCUAUGUCUUCAUGAACCAGGCGGGCACAUCCUUCCCCGCCCAGCCCUCCCUCCUCCUCCACGGUCCCAGUCGCUCCGCCUUCGGUUUCUCCGUGGCCAGCAUUGGUGACAUCAACCAGGACGGGUUUCAAGACAUUGCAGUGGGAGCCCCUUUCGAGGGUUUGGGCAAAGUGUACAUCUACCACGGCAGCUCCAGGGGGCUCCUUAAACAGCCCCAGCAGAUCAUCCAGGCUGAGCAGCUGGGACUACCCAACUUGGCCACCUUUGGCUACUCCCUGAGUGGGCAGAUGGACGUGGAUGACAAUUUCUACCCUGAUCUGCUGGUGGGGAGCCUGUCGGACCGCAUUGUGCUGCUGCGGGCGCGGCCUGUCAUUAACAUCCUGCACAGGACCUUGGUGGCCACGCCAUCCGUGCUGGACCCUACAUACUGCACAGAUACCACCUGCUUACAGGUGGAGCUGUGCUUCGCUUACAACCAGAGUGCUGGGAAUCCCAACUACAGGCGAAACAUCACCCUGGCCUACACGGUGGAGGCUGACCGGGAGCGCCGGCCACCCCGGCUUCGCUUUGCGGGCACCCAGUCUGCUGUUUUGCAUGGUUUCUUCUCUAUGCCCGAGACACGGUGCCAGAACCUGGAUCUGCUGCUGAUGGACAACGUCCGUGACAAGCUCCGCCCCAUCGUCAUCUCCAUGAACUACUCUCUGCCUUUGCGAAUGCCCGAGCGCCCCAAGCUGGGGCUGCGGUCCUUGGACGCCUACCCGGUCCUCAACCAGGCGCAGGCUCUGGAGAACCACAUCGAGGUCCAGUUCCAGAAGGAAUGCGGGCCCGAUAACAGGUGUGACAGCAACUUGCAGAUGCAGGCAGCCUUCAUGUCGGAACAGGGCCAGCAGCUGAGCAGGCUCCAGUACAGUGGAGAGGUUCGGAAACUGCUCUUAAGCGUCAACGUGACCAACACGCCGAGCCCCGAACGGGCUGGGGAAGAUGCCCACGAGGCGCUGCUCACUCUGGAGUUGCCUUCCGCCCUGCUGCUGUCCUCAGUGCGCCCCUCUGGAACCUGCCAGGCCAAUGGGACCUUGCUUUGUGACCUGGGGAACCCCUUCAAACGGAACCAGAGGAUGGAGCUGUCCAUCAUCUUUGAAGUCAAUGGCGUGACUCUGCAGACCAGGGACCUGCAGGUGCAGCUGCAACUCUCCACGUCAAGUCGCCAGGAUGACCUGCAGCCCGUCACCCUGACUCUGCUGGUGGACUAUACACUCCAGGCCUCUCUCAGCAUGGAGCGGCACCGGCUGCAAAGUUACUUUGGGGGAACGGUGAUGGGCGAGUCUGGCAUGAAAACCGUGGAGGACGUGGGAAGCCCCCUCAAGUACGAGUUCCGGGUGGGCCCGAUGGCAGAAGGGCUGGCCACCCUGGGGACCUUGGUCCUAGGGCUGGAGUGGCCCUAUGAAGUUUCCAAUGGCAAGUGGCUGCUGUACCCCACGGAGAUCAGAGUCCAGGGCAACAAGACCUCACUCUGCGAGCCCCCUGGAGGCCUCAUCAACCCCCUGAACCUCUCUAUCCCUGCCCCCGGGGACAGGCCACCAUCUCCACAGCGCAGGCGGCGAGAGCUGGACCCAGAGGUGGACCCAGCAUUCACACCUGUCACUCUGGCUGCAGUGAAGAAAGCCAAGUCCGGAACCACACUGACAUGUGGCAGUGACAGCGCCCGUUGCGUGUGGCUAGAGUGUCCCAUUCUUGACACCUGGCUGGUCACCAGCGUGACUGUGAAGGCACGUGUGUGGAACAGCACCUUCAUCGAGGAUUACAGAGGCUUUGACAGAGUUACUGUUGCCAGCACAGCCACGCUCUUCCUGCGCACCAGUACCCGCACCAUCACCAUGGAGAACAAGACGGUGGCGUUCUCCGUGGACAUUGACUCCGAGCUGCAUGAGGAGCUGCCCCCGGAAAUCGAGCUCUGGGUGGUGCUUCUGGCCAUCAGCGUCGGGCUGGUGGUGCUCGGGCUGAUCAUCAUCUUGCUAUGGAAGUGCAACUUCUUUAAGCGGACUCUGUACUACCAGAUCAUGCCCAAGUACCACGCGGUGCGGAUCCGUGAGGAGGAGCGCUACCCGCCUCCGGGAGGCACCCUGCCCUCCAAGAAGCACUGGGUGACCAGCUGGCAGGGCUGGGACCCGUACUACUGAUGUCCUCCUCGGUCCCGUCCCUGCCUCCACCCCCCCCCCAUGACCCUUUCUUCUAUUUAUCGUAAACGAUGCCCACGACGGUGCACGAGAUGCCACUGCCUGUGGCUGGUGCUGCCUGGCCACGGGCUUCUUCCCCCGGACCUCACAGUGCUGGGGACACCGUGCCCUGGACACGGGGACCCCGCUGCUCGUGGACUAUGCUUGUGUGGACAGUACAGAGGCAUGUCCUGCAGCCUCUGCCUGUGCCUGAGUCAAGCCCAAGGACCUCCCCCGGAGCCAGGAGGAAAAGGCCCCAACACUCGGUGACCCUCCCUUGUUCACACUGGACCCUCGAGCCACAGUCACUGGACUGACUCUGCCCUCGAGAUGCAAACUACUGACAGGGACAUGCGCUUCCCCACCCCC